AUAGUGCUGAAUUUUGACUGUCUCUCCAGCGUGUCCUCAGUCUUCCCUGGCCGUCCACCUCGUGUCACAUGCCUGGAAGCAUUCAACCAGAUACCAAAGUGACCUUUUUUGACUCCUCUUAAAGAUGAGGAGCAGUGGCUCGACUCUUUGAUUUAUGUUGGUGAAGGCACUAAUCCUCCAUUAUUGGUGGACGGAUCAGAGUGAAAUUUGCCUGAUUGAGGAGCGUAAAUGCACCUCCCUGCCCAACUCUCCAGCCAAGCGAGCGUGUCCCAGCAAAAAGAAGCAGUUCUACAUUAACCAAGCCAUUCGCAACUCUGACCUCACGCCAAGAGCCAAAGGCAAGAAGAGCCUGCGCAGGCAGGAGAACACACGCUUUCUUGCCAAUCUUCUCGAGAAGGAUGACGAUUGUCCCAAAGAUGAGCUGGAAGUUUGCAGCAGUCCAGCAAUCCCGUCUAUUUUCACUGAGGCCUGGACCAAUGACAACUACAUUGAGCCAUGGAGUGACUUCAUGAAUUGUUCAGGAGAAGAGCAGGAGAGACUUUUGUCUUUGCUUGAGCAGGAUGUGGCCAACAAGAAAUUUGCCAGGUGUCUCCUUAAAGACCAGAGGAAUGUAAAUCCUGCCUUCACAGCUCAGGAAUGUUUCCAGAGAAUUGACCGAAGACUGCGAUCAACUCUGAGACGGAAACAAAUCCCUGUUGGAACUCUUGAAGGACUUGAAGAAAGCCUUUUGAGCUUCUUCCUUUCUCAACCUCACUCAGUUUACACAACCCACCUCUCCAGCAGCUUUGAAAGGCUGCUGCUCCAUGCUGUCUGCCAGUACAUGGACCUCGUGUCUUCAAGCAGUAACUUGAAGGGGUCUCGUCAGACUGAAGUGGUGAACAAACAGGAGGACUUCUUGCCUCCCGCACUUCUGUUGUCAGCCUAUUUGGACCAAAGAAGCUGAGAAGAGGCCUUUUUCACUUGCCUGGCCUUAAAGUAAGCAGGAGCUUUGCCAAAUGUACUGUACGUAUAACUGUACGAUUUGCAAGGCUGAGUCCGGUUAGGAAGAAAUGUUUGGCCUGUUGAACAACUUCUAAAUAUCUAUGAAGAACAGAAAUGUUGAAUGUCAUCAUGAGAUCUUGCAGUUUGGACAUACAAAGUCAUCACAUGUACUGCUGUAAUUUAGCACAAUGUACUUCUAAAAGGGAAGUUAUUCAUAAUUAUCAUGUUCUUCUCUUCUGCAAAACUAUUUCUAAGAUUCAUCAAUGUAAUUUUAUGUUUGUGCUGCCACACCAUGAAUUUUAAUGGCAUCACGUUACUUUCUAAUAUGGAGCAUGUUCACAUUUAUCAUUUUUAUAACUUUUUGGGUUCCAUUCUUCCUGUUUGAGACAUUAGUUAUCUUUUUAUUCUUUUUGGCUGGGAAGGUUGAAUAUGGGGAAUGUCUCAUUUUGAUGAAAUUAACUUUUUUGUAUCUCUAAUUGUCAAUGUACUGUAUCCACUUGCUGAAUGGACUGCAUGAGAAAAUCCCCCAAUUAUUUAUUUGGAUAUAUGGUGGUCAUCUAUGACCACACAUUUCUAGUAUUUUAAUUGUUUAAUAAUUAGAACUAUGUAUACUGUCAUACAUACAUUUUGAUGAGGGCUGAAACUAACAAUUGUAGUUAUCCCAUAAUCAAACUAUUAUUAUUAAUAAUUAAGCAAGAAAUUGGAUAAAACAUGUUUUCAUUUCCACCCCUUAUCGAAAAACGCGAUACUGGACCUUCUCAUUCUUGGUCAUGAACAAUUUUAUGUAUAGAAAAAUGUUUCUAAAUGUGAGCAGUGAUGUUGAUUUUAGAACGUUCUACUGUUAUUGAGUUUGUGCCGUCGCAGGUGUCUGAAACAAACACUUUUACUACCAAGUGGCAUAUAGGAUUAAAGUGCUGUACUGUAGUUAGCGCAUGAAUAUUGGUUAAAUGUCUCACUCCUUGUUGUAGGUAAAUGAGUAGAUGUCUUUACAUCAGGUCCAACCAAGUCGUUUAAAAAAAAAAAAAACUUUUUCAUUAUACUGUAUUUGCAAAAAUACACCUAGAAAAAUAUUUUCUUUCAAUCAAUGAAAAAAACUGUUCAACAUUAGCAGUUUUCUAAAUAGUUUUAUCACAUAACAGUAAAAGUAUUCAUUUGCAAUGCAUCAAAAUGUCUGCUUUUAGUCGAAUACUUGUUCAAAGUUUUCCAGUCCAUACAGCUGGGUUGUGUACAUUUAGCUCUGUUGUUGUUACAGGCAGAGUCAUGCCUAGGUGAUGGAAAUAGUUAUAGUUCGCGUCGACAUAUUUAGAAACAGUGUACUGAUUGUACAUGAAACCUCUUAUCAAUAUGAAAAAUAAUAGGACCUGUUUAGUAUACAGUCUGAAAAAGCACUUCUGCCUUAGGAGAACAAAUCAGUUUUUACAUUUGUACUUGACUAGGACUUAUUAACACAUCCGUGUUAUUAAGGAAAAAAUUAUCCCACAUUCUUUUUAUAAAAGUGUCUUCAUCAAACAAUGCCUGAACUGUUGGCCUUUUGUUGCCAGCAACCAAAGUUUGUAUAACAUUAAAUUUCUCAGGCUUGAUCGUGUUUUGUCACUCUGAAUGUCAUGUCGUAAUUUCAGGUUUGUGUAGAAAACUCACUCUUCAAAAUGAUCACGCGUCCAUCUUUAUUUGCCUACACGUUUAGCCAAUCAUACUGUAAAUACUAAUUGUGUGCCAACAUUUUAACAACAAUGUACUUAAAUUGUGAUUGUCUUACACACAAGAUUACGUAUGUACAUAAUUGUGUGUGCUAUGGUGCUCAUUUACAACGAAUAUUGCAACUGUUGUUACUUAUGCAGCCAUAUAUGUAUAUUUUUUCUUUUUGGCCUAUUGCGCAUGAUAAUAAGCUAUGUCUGAAAAGAUAUUUAAUAAACAUUACUUCAGCGCGCCAUCCUUUUGCUCUCUUUCGCAUUGACUUUAAAAUAGAUAUAGCUGAGCCAUCUGUUAUUUUUGUUUUGUCCACUAGAUGUCGUAACUGUACGAUCCAGAUAUCAUUUGAAUGUCCUUGAAAAUAUAUCUAUUCUCUUUUAUUUAAUCAAAUAAUAGUAACAGCUGCAGCCGUUUGAAUGAUACCAUGUAUAUAUUUUUAUUUUUAUACAAUACUCUGAGUGAAAUCCAAAUAAAAUCUAGAUAAACCCUGACUAACUAAACCAUUCUUUUCUUCUAAAAUUGUGCUAAAAUAAUUUGCUGUCAAAAGUUUUGCUGCUUUGAGUAGGCUACAGUCUGUCCAUUUAUUUUCCAAACAGGGCUUCCCCAACAAUAAUGCACUCCCCCAACAAGUAUUAAUACUAGAGAUCAUUGACUUCAUAUACUUUUUUAGAUGUUCUCCUACAAUAGAUAAAUAGAUAGAAUGGGCAAAAAAAUCUUAUAGGUCUGACAUCUGUUUUUAACUCAUUUUUGUGUGCGAAAUCAAAACUGAUCACAAGUCGUCCUACUUUAUCCUUUGUAAAAACAUAAUUGUGUUAAAUACUGCAUUAUAAUACUGCAAACAUUGCAGCCAUGCCUAUUUAAUAUUUCAUUGUGUGCCAAUGUUUGCAUUUUUUAUGUAUAUAAAACAAGUACAUGUGUAAAAUACAGGGGUUUUCAUAAUAUAUACGUGUAUAUAUAUAUACAUUAAGUAAACUUGACAGUCUAGAGAAAAACUGAGAAAAAGAGAGCUGUGACACCGAAAACUCAAAAAUUGUGUUUCCCUGUGUAAUUAUUCAAUCCAAAGACUUUGACCAAGGAACAAAACAUUACCCAAACUGUUAAUGAGUGGAACAUCACCCGCUAUAUUUCAGCAGCUCAAUGUUUGUUGAAUAUAUCCAUUCAUUUUCCAUACUGCUUAUCCCCACUAGGGUGCUGAAGCCUAGCCCGUCGAUGGGGGGAGGGGGGCAACCGGGUAUGUUGUCCUGGGCCUCAGGACCAUAGGGGCUCCUGAAUGAACCUUAAUUUAUUUUACAUUCACAUAUUUC